AUGGGACAGGAAACAAGAGGACUCCUAGAUGACUACGAGGUGGUCGAUGUCCUUGGGCGAGGAGGCUUCUCCGUCGUAAGGAAAGGGAUCCUGAAGUCUGGCGAAGACCGGAAGCCUGUGGCCAUCAAGACCCUCAAGCGGCUCGGUGUGGUCUCGGGCCCACCCGCCCUCCCACGGGCCCAUCAGGAGAAGAAGACCUUCGUGCCCUCAUUGUCGUUCCCCAUGUGGAAGCAGGUCCCCAUCUCCGAUGCCCUCCUGACCAACGAGAUCCUAGUCAUGAGGAGGAUCGUCGAGAAUGUUUCCCCGCACGACAACGUGAUUGACCUGUACGACGUCUGCGAGGACCAGAAUGGUGUCCAUCUGAUCCUGGAGUUAUGCUCCGGUGGAGAGCUGUUUGAUCGGAUCGUGGCUAGGAGGAGGUACUCUGAGGUUGAGGCUGCUUCGGUGGUAAGGCAGAUAGGACGGGGCCUGCACGUGCUCCAUGGGGCAAACAUCGUUCAUAGGGACCUGAAGCCUGAGAACUGUCUGUUCCUGAACGAGCGGGAGGACUCGCCACUGAAGAUCAUGGACUUUGGGCUGAGCUCGGUGGAGGAAUCCGACCCGGUGAUUGGGCUAUUCGGGUCCAUAGACUAUGUGUCCCCUGAGGCUCUCUCUCAGGGUUCCAUCACUUCCAAGAGUGAUAUGUGGUCUUUGGGUGUGAUUUUGUACAUUCUGCUCUCAGGGUAUCCACCUUUUGUUGCUCAGUCCAAUAGGCAAAAGCAGCAGAUGAUUAUGAAUGGAGAAUUCAGCUUCGAUGAGAGGACAUGGAAGAACAUUUCUUCAUCUGCGAAGGACCUGAUCUCAAGCCUCCUCGCAGUUGAUCCUCACAUGAGACCAAGCGCCCAAGAUCUCCUGAAUCACCCAUGGGUGGUCGGUGACCUGGCGAAAGAGGAGCAGAUGGACCCAGAAGUUGUCUCAAGGCUCCAGAGCUUCAAUGCCCGCAGAAAACUCCGAGCCGCUGCAUUUGCAAGCGUAUGGAGCAGCACAAUCUUCCUGAGGACAAAGAAGCUCAAGUCCCUCCUUGGGUCCCAUGACCUCUCCCCGGAGGAGCUAGAGAAUCUCCGGAUCAACUUCAAAAGAAUAUGUGCAAACGGAGACAAUGCCACCCUGUCCGAGUUCGAGGAAGUCCUGAAGGCGAUGAACAUGUCAUCUCUGAUUCCCCUGGCUCCUCGGAUCUUCGACCUGUUCGACAACAACCGAGACGGAACAGUUGACAUGAGAGAAAUCCUCUGUGGGUUCUCGAGCCUUAAGAAUUCCAGAGGCGACGAUGCUCUACGGCUGUGCUUCCAGAUGUAUGAUACGGAUCGUUCGGGUUGCAUCACAAAGGAAGAAGUUGCUUCGAUGCUAAGAGCAUUGCCGGAGGAGUGCCUACCAGUAGACAUAACGGAGCCAGGGAAGCUGGAUGAGAUGUUUGACCUGAUGGACGCAAACAGUGAUGGAAAAGUCACCUUCGAGGAGUUCAAGGCCGCUAUGCAGAGAGACAGCUCCCUCCAAGACGUUGUCCUCUCGUCUCUUCGGCCCCAGUAGAUUCAGAAGAUGGGAUUUACUUCCUUUUUUCGUCACACCAAUAAUCAAAGCAAUCAAAAGAAAUUUUGUUCCUCACACAUUGUUCAUAAGUAAUCAUGUUUUAGGCAACUGAAUGUGAUCACGAUCAAUAGGAGGGGUUGAGUCGGUUACAUGACAGAUCUCCGAGAAGCAAACCUUACUCUUGAUUAAAUCGACAUGAGAAGCUUCUAUAACAAUAGCAGUUUCUUC